AUGUCGCUGCCACCUCAGUUCUCAGGCCACCGUAUCUCGGGCAAGGCCGAUGCUAAUCACACCUUGGAGCUGUACCUCGAUUAUGUCUGUCCCUUCUCAGCCAAGAUCUGGAAGCAGGUCUAUGAGAAUGUCUUGCCUUGGUUGGAGCAGAAUCAUCCUGGUCAAGUCCAGGUCAUCUUCAGGAACCAGAUCCAGCCUUGGCACCCAUCUUCGACCUUGGUCGCCGAGGCUGCAUUGGCAGUUGAGCAGAUCGACCCCGCCCAAUUUGCGCCCUACAGCAACGCCCUCUUUGUUAACCAAAAGAGCUUCUUUGACGAGGCAGUGGUGGACAAGACCCGCACAGAGCAAUACAAAUCCCUCUCCGCCCUGGCUGCCACCACCUCCCCAUCCUUGACACACGACAAGGUCCUCUCCCUCCUCCAGAUCGAACCCGUUUCGACAGCCGCAGAGGCCACCAACCACGGCAACAAGAUCACCAACGAAUUGAAGUACCAUAUCAAGUUGGGUCGUCAGACAGGUAUUCAUGUCUCACCCACUGUUCUUUGGGAUGGGAUCGUUGAGAACUCAAUCUCGAGUGGAUGGACUCUUGAGCAGUGGAAAGAGUUCUUUGGCAACAAGUUGUAA